AUGAAAUCCUCUAGUUUCAGAAGCCCAAGAUGGCCUCGUGCAUAUAUCCAGCACGGCAUAUGUCCAGCCACGACUGUCCUCCCAUCGAACCGCCAAACCAUUCUCACCACGUACACCAAGCCCAGUCACCGAAGUCAAGCGGAAGACUCGGAUCUCCCCUACGGCCUCAAUGCGCGGCCAUAUCAUAACCCUAAAUCUAUUGGACACUUCCAGCCUUGCAUAGGCACAAAGGUGGCAUUGCAGCCACCAUUUACCGCGGGUGGCAUUGUUGGCUUCCGCGUAGUCUCAGACUCAAACUUUGAUACGUUUAACAUUGCGCCUCGUUUGUCGUGUAAAUCUCUCCGAGCCGCCUUGUCCCCGUGUAUAUGGGGUCAAAAAAACCAAAGUGUGCAAGCCGAGGAAGGUAACCGGUGUAGGAACACGGUGGUUUAUAAUGUCAGCCUAGACGAUUGUAGUUUGGGAGAGAUGUAG